GGGCCGGAAGCCAACCUGGAGGUGAGACCUGAAGAAAGCUGGAACCACCAUGACCUUGAGCACCGCCGAGAAGCAGACUCCACUCCUGGAAAGCCCGCCGUCAAUGGCGAGGAGGGGGAUGGGGAGCCCCACAUCUGCCGUGUAUGUGGGGACAAGGCCACUGGUUAUCACUUCAAUGUCAUGACGUGUGAAGGAUGCAAGGGCUUCUUCAGGAGGGCCAUGAAACGCAACGCCCGGCUGCGGUGCCCCUUCCGGAAGGGCACCUGUGAGAUCACCCAGAAGACCCGGCGGCAAUGCCAGGCCUGCCGCCUGCGCAAGUGCCUGGAGAGCGGCAUGAGGAAGGAGAUUGUGCAUCCUCUCAAGCCUGCUGCUGUGGGUGCCCAUCCGGGGCCUGCGUGGGAACCUGUUGGGGUAGACAUGCUGCCUACCUCUCCUUUCUCCACCUCCUCUCGGUCCCAGCUGCCAGAGGUGCUCAGCAGUGGUCACGAGCUCCCAGAGUCUCUGCAGACUCCACCUGGGGAAGAAGCUACCAAGUGGAGCAAGAUCAGAGAAGAUCUGUCCUCCCUGAAGGUGGUCUCUCUGCAGUUGCGGGGGGAAGACGGCAGCAUCUGGAACUACAAGCCCCCCGCCGAGGGCAGUGGGAAAGAGAUCUUCUCCCUGCUGCCUCACAUGGCUGACAUGUCAACCUACAUGUUCAAAGGCAUCAUCAACUUUGCCAAAGUCAUCUCCCACUUCAGGGACCUGCCCAUCGAGGACCAGAUCUCCCUGCUGAAGGGCGCCGCCUUUGAGCUGUGCCAGCUGAGGUUCAACACGGUGUUCAACGCGGAGACCGGGACCUGGGAGUGUGGCCGGCUGUCCUACUGCUUGGAAGACCCUGCAGGUGGCUUCCAGCAGCUGCUGCUGGAGCCGAUGCUGAAGUUCCACUACAUGCUGAAGGAGCUGCGGCUGCGCGAGGAGGAGUACGUGCUCAUGCAGGCCAUCUCCCUCUUCUCCCCAGGGGUCCAAGGGCGGGAGGUGGGGCCAGGGUGGGCUGCACCCCAACCUUCCCUCUGGCCGGCCCGCAGGUUCCUGUUCCUGAAGAUCAUGGCCAGGCUCACCGAGCUCCGCAGCAUCAACGCCCAGCACACCCAGCGGCUGCUGCGCAUCCACGACAUCCACCCCUUCGCCACGCCCCUCAUGCAGGAGUUGUUCAGCAUCUCGGACGCCUGA